AUGAUCAUUGUUCGAUAUUUAGGCAAUGUUUAUUCCAUUUUUCAUGCAUUCUCCGGUUUAAAUCAACGUUUCAAUAGAAUUCUUAUUGAUCGACGAUUACAUCUCUUGACCGAUUUCCUACAUAUGAACAAUCGAGUGGCCAAUGUCGAUCAUUAUUAUGAUUCUCCGUUAGUUCGUAUGUUAUCAGAAAAGCUAUGUUUGCUACGAAGUCAUAAUCUCAAGACUGAACUUCGAUCAUGUUUUCAAAAAUUAGUAACCUUUCAUAUUCAAGAACAAUAUCGUCAAGUUGAAUAUGAAUUUCUGUCCAAUCGUGAACAAUAUCAAUCGAUACGUGCUAAUCUUGAUGCUGAAGAAAUUCGCUUUCGAGAUUUGACAUUGAAGAAAGCUUUCAAUGAAUUGAAAUCUCAUUCGACAACACUCGAAAAUAUCCAACAACUGAAAACUUUUGUUCUUCGAAAAGGUGCACGUCUGGAAUGUACUGAUAGUGAACUAGGUAAAUUUAAUCUAGCCAAUGCAAUCAAUCAAUAUUUACUAGCAUAUUUCAAUACUCUUCGAAAUUCGAAUUGGCAGUGUCUUAAUUCUCUCGUGGAAAUGUUCAAAGUAUUAAUUAUUUCAAAUCCGAAUCUGAUCAAAAAUAAAGAUUAUGUCGGUAACGGUGGUUGUCCGACAUAUUUCUUUUUCAUUUAUAUAAUAUAUCGAUUGCAAGAUUUCUAUUCUUGUUCAUCAUCGAUUUCCAUCGAUAUGCGAAGAUAUCAAUCUAUCAUAGAAUUAUUCCUUUUUACUAUUCAAUGUUUAAAAAGUAUUUUUAAUGAAAAUUCUUGGACGAUAGAUUGUCUUAUGAAUAGUUUACAAUGGAUGACAUCAAUCGAAAAAGAUAUCGAUCAAGAGAUAAUAAUUCAAACAAGUCAAGUGGAAAUAUUGAAAAUUUUAUUCAAAGAAUUUACUCAAAAAGAAAUAAUAUUGGACGACUAUUGGGAUAAUAGAUUGCAUAGAGCAUUACAUAACUUGAUUAUAAAUAAUCGAAUUGAUAUUAUCCUAUAUAUUAGUCAUCAACACGAAUUCUUAAAACACUUUUUUGAUAGAUCAGAAAACUAUCGAACAUUGAUUAAUAUGAUGACUGGGAAUCAAAGCCGACGAUUGUUAUUUAAACGACUUCUAGAUGAAAAACCUCUAGAAACAUGGUUAACCAGUACCAAAUUAUUAUUCAUUCUAUUAGAAAAGAAAGAAUGUAAAUUAAUCAAGAAAUUAUUACGAGUAAUACCUAGUUUUGUGCAACAAACAGAUAAUGAUGGCAAUGAUCCAUUACUUUAUGUUUGCCUUAAAGUAUCUGGUUGUCGCCAUCGUUUAGUUGAAUUUUUAAUAUCGAUGGGAUGUGAUUUACAGAGACGAAAUAUUCAUGAUGAACAUUUUUUUCAAGUUCUACAAGGAAGAAAGAAUAGAAAAUUAUUGGAGACAUUAAUUGAACGUGCAACAAUCGUUAUAGACAAGCUUUCAGGGCAAUAUCUAUUGGAUGAAAAUGUGAAACACUAUGGAGCCGCUUUAGCCAUCAUCGAGUAA